CCUUCCAUAAACCCUUUUGAAAACCCGCUCAGUAGAAAACGCAACCAAUUCCCCACUUUCUCUCUCACUUUCCCGAGAAACAAACACCUAGUCCCUUCCAAAAAAAAUGUCCUCUCGCCUCUCCUCCAUACUCCGCCUCCGCUCCCACCUCCUCCACCGCAUCCCCGCCACCACAACCACUACAACAGCCACCGCUCUCUUCCACAGUUCCACCAAAUCAAAACCCAUAAUCCUUACCUCCCUCUCGGAUCUCCAUUCUCUUUCCACUCACCGCUUCUUCUCCGCCUCCCGCCGCCACAUCCCCACCCGUCCCAAACCAGUUGACAUCGGAGCUCGAGCCCGCCAACUCCAAAACCGUCGUCUCUGGACCUACGCCUUAACCUUCAGCUGCAUUGCAGGUUUCAUCGUUAUAGUGCUUAACAACUUUCAAGAUCAAUUAGUCUUUUACAUAACACCAAGUGAUGCGGUUGAGAAAUUCAAGAACAACCCAUCGAAGAACAAGUUCCGAUUAGGUGGUUUAGUCCUUGAAGGCAGCGUAGUUCAUCCGUUAUCAAGUCCUGAAAUGGAAUUCGUUGUCACUGAUUUGAUUACAGAUAUUUUAGUUAAGUACGAAGGGUCCUUGCCUGAUUUGUUUCGAGAAGGACAUUCUGUUGUUGUUGAAGGGUUUAUGAAGGAAUUGGAUGAUAAGGUGAGGAAGGAAGUUGGGUUGAAGAAUGUUUCUGGGAAGGCGAGGAGUGGAGAGUGCUAUUUUAAGGCGUUUGAGGUCUUGGCUAAGCAUGAUGAGAAGUAUAUGCCUCAAGAAGUUGCGGCCGCGAUUGAGAGGAAUAAGAAGUUGAUCGAGGCUGGUGAAGUUGGGGAAGGUGGAGCUGAGAAGAAGAAGUGAAAUCAUGGGCUCAGAACAAUGACAUAAAUGGUGGUAUUGCUGGCAAGUUGUGGGGAAUAUCACUCUUUGGUCAGCUUUGGCUAAGAAUGGUGAGAAGUAUAAUGCUUAAUGAUGAGGUUAUGGCAACUAUUGAGGUUAUGCUUAAUGAGGUUAUGGCUGCUAUUGAGACUAGGCUGGCUGAGUCUACGAAGGAGAAAAUCAUUGAUUGUUCAUUGACGGGCAUUGCUUGAAAGUUCAGAUAUUUAGUGGACAAUGACUUUGUAUAGAGGUGGCGCGUAAGUAGUUUACUUUGAAUUUUGAAAAAAAUGGUGUAGUUUGAUUAAUGAGCAUGGCUUUAUUUGCUUUUCUUUCUC